AAUACAUAAUACCGGAGGGGGGGGAGGGAGCAAAAUAGUUAUCAAUAUAUUGAAAAAAAAAAUACAAGGACUCUCCAGGGACCCAAGAACCUUUGUUCUAAAUGAACCUACCCCAGGUUGGCUGGAUUCAUUUUGACUCUCUCUUUUUGGGAGUUCUUUGGGUACUUCUUAUCACAGCUGAGUGGUUGUUAGGACAGAGCCUCAGAGAACACGUCAGGUAAUGGCUGGGGCGGGCGCGGGGCAAGUAGAGGGUGGUGGUAGGAGAGGGGUGGAAGGUGGAUGAGAAGGAAGGCUAUGGUAAUAGGAGAUUAAGGUGGGGAGUUUAGAGUUGGAGAGGGGCGGGAAGCAGAAUAGAGAACUGCAUGCACUGGUGCAAAGAAAUACAGACACACGAACCCAGAGAUACUGCAGAGAUGAUAGUAGAGAGGAAGAUACAAAUGAGCCAGAUUGGUUAGUGCAGAAAGGUAGGCUAGGGGACCGGGAGAGUUAGAAUGGCGUUGAAAGAGAAUGCACGUUGGGGCCCGCGGUGAUGUCUGUCUUGUAUGCUCUGGCCACGCCCCUCCUUUGAGGAUACGCCCCUCACUCUCCCCUCACCCUCCCGGUCACAGCUGCUUCCGGAAUCUGCUGUUAGGCUCCGGCCUCCGGUAGCUGGCCAAACCCCCUGUCCGGGGACCCCAAAGAGCACUCUGCGCCCGAGGUCUGGUGGCUUGAAAAGCUCCCUUUGCCCCCUUUUCCGGGAGGAGUUUCGUUUGCUGUCAGCGGACCCUCGGACACACAACAGAUCUUCUCCUGACCUUGGCCGAAGUUCCGACUCCACUGCUGAACCAAGGAUUGGCCUGGACGGAUUCUGGGGUUUUAAGACCUCCCAAAUCCAUAGCUUGCAGGGGAAACGAAUCCAGAGAAGAGUUUUUCAGAAGGGUGGAUCACACCACUCUUUUCCUAUUUUUAGACUUCCCCUCCAGCAGAGAAAGAAAUUACAGGGGAUACAGCUCUCCUAUUCUAGAUACAGAGGAACCUGUGGAUCUUGGAACACUUUCAAAGGGGCCUCAUCUCCUGGGAGCACCAUCGCCCAUUUUCCAGUGCAUAUUGGACAGUGGCAUUGGUGAGUUGAAACCUGGGGUGCCACUUUAUAGGGUCCAGAAUGCUAAACACAGCAGGAAGACUUUUGUGAGAGUGCAAGGCUUUGCUUUACCCAAGGCAUUUUUGAAAUCUUUGCGGGUUGGUAAUGAAUUUGGAGGUCUAUAGCUUCCCCAGUAUCAACCCUGGAAUCUCUCGUCACAUUCUUGGGAGUAGAAAGUACCCCCUCAGACUCUAAGAGGGAAUUAAACUCAAUCGAAAGUUGGGGAGUCUUUGCACAACUACCAGGGACACCAAACAGGAACCCUUCCCUGGAGCUGGAACAAAACCUGGCAUCUGGGAAGCCUCUUCCAACCUCCCAUCUGAGGGCUAGAGGAACACCUGGAAAUUUCAGAAGUCUGGGGGGGCAUUCUCCUUACUCAUUACUCAAACUAUGUUUCUUCGACGUCUGGGUGGUUGGCUGCCCAGUUCCCUGGGCCACCGAAAAGAACCCCUGCCUGAGCCUGACCCUGUGAAAAACAGCUCUCCUGAGAAGUCAGGGAGUGACUGGGACAGUGCUCCUGACACUGUGGGAGAUCCAGGUCAACCUAAGGCUGGGGAUGCCAGGAGACAAAUGAAAAGAGGGAAUCCCCCUGAAUGGAGCAAGGGCUAUCCCAACUAUGGAGAUCCUGAGAGACUGGGGGACAGAAGAAACUCCCCCAACCUGAGCAUUGAUGUGCCCCAUUGUGAGGAAUCCAAGUCAUUGGAAGCUAGGAGAAUGAUCUCUGUAAAUUCUGAAGACUCAAAGGGAGAAGUAGCUCUUAAAUGUGGAACAAACGCCUCUAAUUCUGAGACUCCUAUGGAGAAAAUAAGACAUGACCAUGGGCUGCUGGGCUGGCUUCAGGGGGAAACAAAUAGAGGGUUGGGGGCCCACCCACAGUACUUGGGGGGUUCUGAGGAAUGGCUUCAGAUCUCCACCAAUCUGACCCUGCACUUGCUGGAAUUGCUGGCUUCAGCCUUGCUGGGGCUAUGUUCCAAGCCCUUGCGCUUGGUUCUAGAUGCCUUAGGUCUUCGGGGGCCUUUGGGGCUUUGGCUGCAUGGACUUCUCUCCUUCCUUGUUACUCUCCAUGGACUUCAUAUGGCCCUUACUCUGCUCACUGCACACCCCUUCCACUUUGCCUGCCUGUUUGGCCUUCUGCAGGCCCUGGUACUGGUUGUCAGUCUCCGAGAGGGCACCCAGGUGCCUGAGGAGGAAAAGAAAUACAAAUGGGAGCGGGGGGAAGGAAGAGAUAGGGAGAAGGAAGAAGAGAUUAAAGGAUAAGAGGGACUGUGACCAUGAUUAUGGGGUGCUGCCUUAGGGUUGAAGAACACAGGGACUUCAGGUAAAAGUCUCCAAGGUGGUACCAUAGAGACCCUCUCCACCCUGCAACAGGUUAGGGGUGUUAUCCUCUAAUUCAUCAGUUAUUGUCACUUUUUUUCUUUAGUGUUAUUCUCUAUACCCCAAUGGAAAAAAAAAAGUAUCACACCCCCUUCUCACCCCACUUAUAAUGGAGAGUAAGGACAACAGUAACAGGACAGUGCUCUGAGUCCAAGAAAAGGGCAAAACAGAGGGUGGGAGGAGUGGGGAGAUCUAAUGGAUACUAGGAUUUUAGCCAUAAAUGCAUAAAGGGGAAGGGUAUCAGCAAAAAAAAAAAAAAAACAAAACAAAACCUGAUGGAUCACAGAAGCAUAGGUUGAGGAGAGAAGAUGUGCUUGAAACUAGAGAUCCAAUUAAAAUUAAAGGAGAAGCACAAUGCUUCAGGAAACUCAGCAAAAAAGCCUUAAGAUGCCACAACAAAGAUCUCUGGAAACACCCUUGACCACCUUGGAUUUUUCAUUGUUGCACUGCACUGAUCUCCUAAAUAUACCACUACUGAAAGGGAAGUUAA